AGUAUUCUAAAUUUGUUCGUCGAAAUAAAUUUUCAAAUGCAAAUUUGUAAUAAUUCUUAAUUAUUGAGAAAAGAGAAAAAGGAAGAAAAAUACUAAGGGAAAUGUUUCCUCAAUUCGGAGCAACGGCGGAGACGUUGAGCAAGGCGUCGACGAUGGUGUUCCGGAUCGGAACCGAUGCUCACCUCUACGACGAUCCGGAUGACGUCAGCAUAGCGCCGCUUUUGGACAGCAAAUUCGAUUCGGAGAAGUGCGAGGCUCUCAAGCGACUCCUCGCCCAAAUCGCUCAAGGCUUCGACGUCUCCAAUUUCUUCCCUCAGGUUGUCAAGAAUGUAGCAUCUCAAUCUUUGGAAGUAAAGAAGCUGGUGUACUUGUAUCUACUGCAUUAUGCUGAAAAGCGUCCGAAUGAAGCAUUGCUGUCAAUUAAUUGUUUCCAGAAGGAUUUGGGGGAUCCAAAUCCUUUGGUGAGAGCGUGGGCACUUCGCACCAUGGCUGGAAUUCGUCUACAUGUUAUUGCACCUCUUGUUCUGGUGGCAGUGGGCAAGUGUGCUAGAGAUCCAUCUGUCUAUGUCAGAAAAUGUGCAGCCAAUGCGCUUCCCAAAUUGCAUGAUUUGCGCCAAGAGGAACAUACCUCGGCGGUUGAAGAGAUCGUUGGAAUAUUGUUAAAUGACCACUCCCCUGGAGUAGUUGGAGCUGCUGCUGCUGCAUUUGCUUCUGUCUGUCCAUAUAAUUUAUCUUUGAUUGGGAGGAAUUAUAGAAAGCUAUGUGAGAUUCUUCCUGAUGUGGAAGAGUGGGGUCAGAUAGUCUUAAUUGGAAUCCUUCUACGCUAUGUUAUUGCAAGGCAUGGGCUUGUGAAAGAAUCCAUUAUGCUUUCUCUGCAUUGUACUGAGAGCUCCCAUUCUGAAAAGGAUGGUUCAGAUGUCGACUUUAGACUACUAAAGGUACCUAUUGACAUGAGUGGGACAUGUGACUCUGAAUUUGUAAAUAUGGUUUCCAAAUGUUAUAUUGAGAGCCCGGAUGAAUAUUUAUCUCGGUCAAGUUACACUAACAGGGUGUCCUUUGAAUUAAAUGGUACUCAUUUUACAUCGAAAACUAAUGAUGAUGUGAAGAUCCUGCUGUAUUGUACAUCUCCGUUGUUAUGGAGUAACAACAGCGCAGUGGUACUAUCAGCAGCUGGUGUACACUGGGUUAUGGCACCAAAGGAGGAUAUUAAAAGAAUUGUUAAACCACUCUUAUUUAUACUGAGAUCCUCUAAUGCCUCAAAAUAUGUGGUCCUAUGCAACAUUCAAGUGUUUGCUAAAGCAAUGCCUUCUCUCUUUGCUCCGUACUAUGAGGACCUCUUCAUUUGUUCUUCUGAUUCAUAUCAAAUCAAAGGCUUGAAGCUUGAGAUACUUUCUUCCAUUGCUACAGAUUCAUCCAUUUCUUCUAUUUUCAAAGAGUUUCAGGAUUAUAUUAGAGAUCCAGACAGGCGAUUUGCUGCUGAUACUAUUGCUGCAAUUGGUCUAUGUGCACAACGACUUCCAAACAUGGCAUAUUCAUGUGUAGAUGGGCUGUUGGCUCUGACUAAAGAGGACUUCUUGACUAAGGAUUUUGGGUCUGGAGAUCAAGAAGCAGGUGUUUUGAUUCAAGCGAUUAUGUCUAUAAAAUCAAUCAUAAAGCAAGACCCGCCAAGUCAUGAGAAGGUUAUAAUUCAAUUGGUUAGUAGUUUGGAUUCAAUCAAGGUGCCUGCAGCUCGUGCAAUGAUUAUUUGGAUGGUGGGGGAAUACAGCUCUUUGGGGGAGAUAAUACCAAGGAUGUUAACCACGGUGCUGAAGUAUCUUGCAUGGUGCUUUACUUCAGAAGCAUUGGAAACAAAGCUUCAAAUUCUUAACACAGCCAGUAAGGUUCUAUUAUGUGCUACAGGAGAAGAUCUGUGGACAUUCAAGAAAGUUUUCAGCUAUUUGGUUGAAUUGGCCGAAUGUGAUUUGAACUAUGAUGUCCGUGACCGAGCUCGUUUACUAAAGAAACUUCCUUCAUGCAAUUUAGGCUCUCAAGGACCAGAGGAAGGAACUAAUGGUCUUAAUGAAAAAAACGUUCUGCAUGUAGUUGCAAAAUGCAUAUUUGGGAGACAAACUAGAGAAGUGAAAGCUGAAUCAAAUAACUACCGGUUUUAUCUUCCCGGGUCUCUCUCACAGAUAGUUCUUCAUGCAGCUCCAGGGUAUGAACCUCUCCCAAAGCCAUGCAGUUUGCCCCUUGAUGACCUGAAUGUGCCUGAAGGAACACAUGCAGUUGAGAAGGGGCCCGAUUACAGUGGGACAGAUGAUCAUGGUACAUCAUCUGGUCCUUUGGAUGAGGAAAGUGCUUCUGAUUAUGAUUCUCAGCACUCUAUCACUGGCUCAAGUGGCAGUGGUCGUAGUGAUGACAAUGAAUUUACAAGUGAAGAAAAUGAUAAUGCAGAUCCAUUGAUUCAGAUUUCAGAUGUUGGCAAUGCUUCCGAAAAUCAGAAUGGAGUUUCUCAGUCUUCUCCAGCUAAUCUGGGGGAAUUAAUGUCAAAUAGAGCUCUAGAGUCAUGGUUGGAGGAACAGCCUGGUUCAUCAAACCCAGGCAUAUCGGAACAAAGUCAAGUUUGUAAAUCAUCAGCAAGAAUAUCUAUCAGGGAUGUUGGAAGGCAGGUUAAACCAAAAAGCUAUUCACUCUUAGACCCUGCAAAUGGAAAUGGUUUGAAGGUGGAUUAUUCUUUUUCAUCAGAGAUAUCAAGCAUAUCCCCUCUACUUGUAUGCAUAGAAGUUUUCUUUAAGAACUGUUCAUCAGAGACCAUAAUGGAAAUAACCUUGGUGGAUGAGGAGUCUACCAGAGCCUUAGAUUCUGCAGACCAAGCAGCCGCUGUAAAUGAGAGCUCCAUGAAAUCUUAUGAUAAUGUGCCAACACUAGUUCCAAUGGAAGAGAUUCCUUCUCUAGAACCUGGUCAGACAACAAGAAGGCUUCUUCAAGUUCGCUUUCAUCACCAUCUAUUGCCCUUGAAGCUAGCUUUAUUUUGUAAUGGAAAGAAGCUUCCCAUUAAGUUGCGGCCUGAUAUUGGAUAUUUUGUAAAGCCAUUACCAAUGGAUGUUGAAGCCUUCACAGAUGAAGAAUCUCAUCUCCCAGGGAUGUUUGAAUACACAAGGAGUUGCACUUUCACUGACCACAUUGGGGAGCUAAACAAGGAGAGUGGAGAUGGCUUGUUAAUCAAGGACAAAUUUCUUGCAAUCUGUGAGAGCUUAGCACUAAAAAUGCUUAGCAAUGCAAAUCUUUGUCUUGUAUCUGUUGAUAUGCCCAUUGCUGCUAACCUUGACGAUGCAUCGGGUUUGCGCUUACGGUUCAGCUGUGAAAUUUUGAGUAGCUUGAUUCCUUGUUUAAUUACUAUUACUGUUCAAGGUAAAUGCUGUGAUCCAUUAAACUUAUUUAUUAAAGUUAACUGUGAAGAAACUGUAUUUGGCCUAAAUCUUAUGAACAGAAUUGUAAAUUUCUUAGUUGAACCUGCCCUUUUUUAAUCAUUUUUGGUGGUAGCGGUGAAAUUUGUGGGUCCUGUCAGCUUGAAGAGUAAUUGACACUAUUGUUCAGCGUGAGUGGAUGCAUUUUUAAUUCAUUGCAUUUAUUCUGAAUAUUUGAAGUUGUACAACUCUGUAUUGCUCUAUUUUUCAGAAAUGGCUGAGAGUAUAUUCAUAGUGCAA